GGCCGCGCGUUGCUGCUGCUGCCGCGGGAGCAGGGUUUUACUUUUAGCGGGAUCUGUCGCGUGACUUGCCUUUAUGGCCAGGUGCAGGUGCUUGGUUUUAACAUUAGCCAAGGCCAGCCUUCCCAGGAUGUCUUCUCUACCUACACCCAUUCCCGCCUCACUAUCAGUGCAGUUCAUUACUCGAUGCCUGAGAAAAGCAAGAAGGAGAUGAAAAGGGAAGCCCGAACCUUGCUCAGAGCUCAUCUUAACCGGGAAAACAGGUGUUGGUUGAUGAAGAAUUUCUCUCCUUUUUGUUCCAUUGUGAUGCUUGAGAAUCUGAAAACUUCCACUGUGAACUUCAUAAUCAGCCACCCAGGCUUAUCUUACAUUUUUGAACAAGAGAGCGUAACUUUCCAGAUUAACGCUGAGUAUUUUGCCUUGAGAUCUGUUGGCAUUAAAAAAGAGAAGAAAAAAAACGGCCUUCGUUUUACAGAGAGUGUCCUUUCGGCCCUGGAAGAGUUAGUCAGCGUCGCUUGUGAGGAAGUAGACGGCUGCCCUGUCAUUCUGGUUUGUGGAUCUCAGGACGUUGGAAAGUCAACGUUUAAUAGAUACCUGAUUAACCAGUUAUUAAAUAGUAUUUCCUGCGUUGAUUAUUUGGAAUGUGAUCUGGGACAGACAGAAUUUACUCCUCCAGGUUGCAUUUCUUUACUGAAUAUUACAGAACCAGUUUUAGGACCACCUUUCACACACCAGAGGACACCACAGAAAAUGGUAUAUUUUGGGAAAUCUGCUUGUAAAAACAACUAUGAGAAUUACAUUGAAAUAAUAAAGUAUGUGUUCAGCUCCUACAAGAGAGAGUUCCCUCUUAUCAUCAACACAAUGGGCUGGGUGACAGAUCAGGGACUUUUGCUUCUCGUUGAUCUGAUCCGAUUGCUGUCUCCCAGCCACGUCGUUCAGUUCAGUUCUGGCCGGAGUAGAUUCAUGCCACACCUCACUCCCGACUACGUAGACGACAUGGAUGGCUUGUAUACAAAAAGCAAGUCCAAAGUCAAAAACAGAGGUUUCUACCUGGAAGAAUUUGCAGAGAAUUUGGAAUAUGGUGAUGAAGAAAAGGAGAGUCCAGUUGCAUUUACUGGGCAUAAGCUGAUGUGCGUCCAGUCAGACUUUACGUUUAGAAAAACUCCAAGAAAUAGAGAGUCACAUAACAGAGUUCUUCGUGACUUGGCGGUGUUGGGUUACCUUGGCCAGCUGCAGCCCCCAGUGCCAAAACCGCUUCGUCCCCUACAUGGUCUGACACCCUAUCAGGUCCCUUUCAAUGCAGUUGCCCUUCGGGUUACUCACUCUGAUGUCGCUCCUACCCAUGUACUGUAUGCUGUGAACGCCAACUGGGUUGGUCUUUGCAAGAUCCUGGAUGAUGUCAGAGGAUAUGCAAAUGGACCUAUCCUGCUUGCCCAGACUCCAAUCUGUGAUUGUUUGGGCUUUGGAAUUUGUAGAGGGAUCGACAUGGAGAAGAGGCUUUACCACAUCCUCACACCUGUGCCCCCAGAAGAGCUAAGAAACGUGAAUUGUCUGCUGGUCGGAGCCAUUUCCAUUCCGCAGUGUGUCCUCAAGAGCCAGCAUGGGCUCGAGGGAACAAUACCUUACAUCACGACAGAUUAUAAUACUAGAAUCCCUGGAGCAUCAGGGGAAAUUGGAGCAAGAGAAGCUGAGGAAACGUAUAAAGAGAAACGACACCCAAAAGCUAAAUUCUAUCGAAAAGCAUACUGAUGUUUUUAACAAGGGAAGAAAGCUUGACUUUGUCUCCAGCCUGACAUCAGCACACUGAGGGGCUUGUGUGGCUGGGAGUGGCGACCUUUCGUAGCAGUGUUUCCUCCAUAGUUCGUGGAAGUUUAUAGUCAGUUUAAAUCCUUUCUUAAAGCUGCGUGACCUAGUUUCGCCCUAGUCUGCUGUAUGAUUCAUCAUACGUGAUGUUUUAUUUUCUAAAGAGAAAAAGCAGCAGGGAAAAUGUUGUACGCCGUUGAAACUAAGAAUAUGAUCGAUUCCUCAAAAAGUUCUUCAAGGACCUGACUGGCUGUUGGAAUCUGGUAAAAAUGGUGAGCCUGGGGCCACAGAAAAUGUACCAAGGAGGAAGGCAGGCUGGCCAGCGGGAUCCAAGCAUAACAGGACAUGGAGACGCAUCUUGCCCCAUGACGGCUGGUGGGGGAGGAGGACCGCUGGUGCGGCCUCCCUGGGGCUGGUCGCAGCCCCAUGGUCAUUCCCAUCCCCUGAUCAUAUGAUCCUAUCCAACUUCUCUUCCAUUCCUGUGGGUCAAGUGUUAAAAGAUUGUGUUUAGACUUUAAAUUUAGUCAAAGUUUAACAGAUGGAAGUUUGGACUCAAGCCUUUUUUUUUUUUUUUUUAAUCCACUGGUUUUAUGCUGAAAAAAAAAUUGCUCUCAGAUCCAGGAAACCUCUCCUGGGGCCUCUUUAGAGAUUUGUCCUAAUUGACUUCUCAUCUGAGACUGAAGACAGCCUAGGCAGAGCUGUUUAGAAGAAGCCCUGGCAGGGUAGCUCAGAAAGGCCUAUUCGCAGGGCAGCUGGACCUGAACUUGUACGUAUGGAGAGCUCUGGACUAUUGAGCACUUCCUCCUGGGGUGCAGGAGACUGGUGAUGGUGCCAUUUUCCCAGACGGAGAUCUGUCCUCUUCUCCCUGGUGCCCGUGAUGCUUGAUUCCUUGUCCUCCCGGUUGGAGCAGUUUUGGCAUGCAAGGACGGGUGGUCUGCGUCACACCAUUCCUGCGUUGAGGAUGGUGAUACUUACUGAGAGAGCAUUUCCAACUGGUAUUGUGAAUUUCAGCUUCCUAGCAGAUCAUAUUGAAGGAAGUUGUUAGGAUUUGCAGGUUUUAACAUCUACAUUCAAGUCACUGAUUAUCAUUGUCUUUGCUCAGCCUCUCAUCGACUCACAGACGUGCAAAUUCUCACAGGAACCCUUGUCACUCCAGAGUGAAUUUUAAUAUGCUAGAGACCAUUUAAGGUCUAACUUCUUCGUUGCCUUUUAUUUAUAUUUAAGUUUACCAUGUACAUGUUUUUCUAUUUUGGCUUUGCAAAGAAUUUUAAGACAGUCCACCACCAUCAACUUUUUGCCUCCUUCCCCAGUUCCUGUAUCUUUAUAAUAUUCACCAUAAGUCAUUAGCAGCAAGUCUCAGAAUGAAAGUGCUGCCCUGUUAUUUGCCUCUUCAUUAAACCCAGGCUUGCCUUUAGCCUAACCUCUUGCUGGCA